ACUGGGUGCAAUGAUGCAUACACAGGAAACAAAAUUUGAGUGGCCAACCAUACUAUGCAUCUCUGUGAAACCAUUGUCUGGGCUGUGAAGAGACAAAAGGCAACUUAAGUGAAUGGAAUUUCAUGAAAAGGUAGCAGAGCGCUGCUUCUGUCCAGCCCACAGAGGCUCGGAUGAGGAAGUAGCUACACUGGUACGUGAGCUGAAUAGGACAGCAGCAAAAAAAAAAAGUUUCACUGUAGGUUCCAGCAGCUAUGAAGCUUCGACUGCACUUUGUGGUGGACCCCAUGGGCUGGCUGUGUAUCAGCUUGGUGUUUGGGAUCUGGCUCUACAACACUUUCUUUGUCCCUAAACUGGUUCUACAUCCACACUACAAUGAGGGACACAUCCCUUGGGCCAUUGUUGUUUGUUACUACAUAGCAUCGGCACUCUGCAUAGCGGCCCUGUUCAGAGCUUCCACGGCAGAUCCAGGCCGUCUUCCUGUGGACCCCCACAUACCUCACUCUGAGCGAGAGCACUGGGAGUUGUGCAAUAAAUGCAACCUAAUGAGACCUAAAAGGUCCCACCACUGCAGUCGUUGUGGCCAUUGUGUACGCAGAAUGGACCACCACUGUCCUUGGAUCAAUAACUGUGUGGGAGAAGACAACCACUGGCUCUUCCUGCAGCUCUGUUUUUACGCUCAGGUCCUCAGUUUGUUCACCCUGGUGCUGGACUUCUGCCAGUAUUACUACUUCCAGCCACUGACAGGACUAGAUCAGGAGAAGUUUACAACGCGACAUGAACUGGCUCUGCUGCGAGUGUCAGCGCUCAUGGGUUUGGUCAUGUUUGGAGGCAUGACUAGCUUGUUUUACACUCAGAUGACAGGCAUCCUCUCUGAUACUACCACCAUUGAGAAAAUGGCUCAAUUCUCAAAUGAAAUAUAUGGCUCCAAGAAAUCCUGGCACUGGGCGCUAGCUGAAGUCUGUGGCACUCGCUGGAAACUCCUGUGGCUCAUCCCACUCCGAAGCAGGCAGCCGAUCCAAGCCAGCCAUCACUUCCGUACCCACGUGUAGGCAGGUAGCACAAGCGUACCUCCUGCCUGCACAGAUGGUAGGGGGCUGCCAUGAUGAAACACUGUAUACACACUUAAAAAUCCAUCUGCUCGCCUUCACCGUCCUCUUUUGUGCUAUGGGAGCUGGGCGGCAGUCUUGGUUUUUGGAUACUUUGAGCUUUUUUUUUUCUUUUUUUUUUUGCCUUUCUCCAUGAGGCCCAGACUGGCAGUAAACAGGGUCAAGAAACACCUAAGGGAGUGAUGGGAAAAUGUUGCUUUUUUACUCACUGUGACUGCUACUUUCAGCAUUUGGAAACCACUUUUAAUGGCUAAUUGCAUCAGAAGGAUGGAAGUCUUCACCUGAAAGCAGCUGGCGAAAGGGACCCCUCUCAGGUUACUUUAACAAAGAGCCUUUACUACUGACCUUUAAUCAGCUACAGACAGAACCAGUGUGUCUAUUAGAAAGGCAUUUUUUUGUAUAAAGUUUGUGCCUUGUUUCUUUUAAAUAUGUCAUUUUUAUUUCUCAUGCAUGAGCAGUUUUUAUGUUUUCUGGAUGAUUAUCUUCCAGUCUGAAUAUUUCUCGUGAAUAGUGAAGGUACAUUGGGGUCGACUGCAUUCCUGUAGUUGGUGUUCAUUUGAAGAUUCAUGAAUGUUUUCUUGUAUUGUUCUAUGAACGUUUUAUCUAUGAAGUGAUUAUUUAUGAAGCAUGGCCACAGAACAAAGUCCAUCACUUGAAUACUGACAUGUGACUUUUAGGGUACAUGACCAGCCGGGUAUGAAGAUGUGUAAUAGCAAGCAGACUGUUAACACUUCACCAUGCCUCGGUAAAAAUCCAAAAUUAGAAACAAGUCUGUACUAUCAAUCUUUGGCUGUAUACUGUAUGUUGUAGUCAAACCCUGCUGUAUAAUCAAGUUGUUUCUCAGAGUUUCAAGGAAAGAGAAUCAUAGCCUGUGGAGAAAUCUUUAUUGCAGGGGUUAAAGAAAUGGUUCGACAUUUUUGGAAUUACACUUUUUUGCUUUCUUGCCAGAAAAUAAUUGGGGCUCAGGAGAAAAAGCAUGGUGUGUCUGUGGAGUGGCUUGAAUCUCUCAGUCAGCUAGCUAGUCUAUUUAUUACCACUGAAAUUGACAUUUUAUACUCACUAGAGAGAUUCACCCACUGCUAACAUACUCCAUAACUCCAUGUAUGCUAUCACCAAUUUAUAUGUAAAUUUUAUGAAUUUUAUCGCUCAUAUCAACCUUUGAUCUGCAUUUAUCUGCCGGAAUCAAAACGGUGUGGCAGAGUCCUAAAGCCUGCCUCUGGCUUCAUUUGGUUGGCUGCCAUGCGACUAUGCACCUUGUGCUAAAAAGUUAAAAAAUAUUUUAAAAAUGUGAGGGAGGAGCACAUGCCAGGCGCUCUGUACCAUAGGAAAACCAUGUUUUUAGUGGUGACACAUUUCUAGAAACGUGUCUCAGUGUGAUCGCCCCCAUAACAUGAGACAUAACAUACAAGAAAAUGAUAUCAAUCAUCUCAUGUAAAGGCUAAUACACACUCUGCAAGAACAGAGGAAUGUGUUCUCUCUCCCAGGGCUGCAAGAAAAGAAUGACGUCAUUCUGUUCUUGACACAUCAUCUGGGCAGAACUUUUUUCUUGUGUGGUGUCCGAUAACUAUUGUGUGAUUGGUCAGAAACUUGAAUUUGAAUUUGACGUGUGUUGCAGUGGAAGGGCCCUAUGAGGACUUCCCAGGAGUUCUGCACUUGAGUUUCUCAUGAAGUAUGAAAUGUCCUGACCAGAACUAACUUUGUUCUUGUUCUUGCCACCUUGAGAAAAAGUACAACUUUCUCUGUUCUUGCAGAGUAUCUUUUAGCAUAAACUGUCUACAAGAAAGCAAAUGCAUGUUAUUCCCAAAAUAUCAAACAAUGUCUGUUUAGCUUAAGUCUGCUCUGUCAACCAUAGCACUUAUAAUGCAUCAGCACAAAUCACUUUUGAACACGUCUUUGAUUUGACCAUUACUGACUAUAAUUUGUGAUUUAUACUUCUCAUUUUAGUGCUGUAGCUGUUAUAGUUAGGUCUUAAAUGUGUCUGAACUAGUGGCUUUAUAAAUGUAUAUCUUUAUCAGUAAUACUAAAACCUAGCAGAUGUGGAGACAUGCAGCUAGUUAACACUUGCCACAACACUUAUUUAUUUAUGGUGGUUUUGCUGUAAUGCUAUAGUACUGUUUAGAGAAUUCUUUAACAGAAAACUUAAGGAGUGCAUAAUAAUAGUGGCAUAGCGUGGUUGCCAUUGUCUAUAAUACUUGGCAAUCCCAUAGCUAAACCUGUACGUAAACAAAGCUUGCCAUGUGUUUGAAUAUAAGAAUAUCUAAGUAGUUUUAAGUGCCUUUCUAGGUCUUCUUUUUACUCUCACGGUACAUCAUCAUCACGUUGGUCUCCAUAAAAGCCAAAGACCUGGGGAAAUUUUGCAAUAGUCAGCAAGCAUUCACUAAAUGCAUGUUUCACCAAAAUUCUGAAGGUAGCGGUUCACUAUUAUGCACUGAUUUCCACACUAGCACACAGUCUGUUUUACUGCAUCAAUGGCACUCUUGAUAUUUUAUGUGUAUCUUCUGUUUUAUUCAUAUCUUAAAUCAAAAUUGUUUGCAUUUGCAUGAGUGUGUGUUGAUAACUUUGCUCAGUGGUUUUUAUAACUCAGAUUCAGGUUCUUGGAUGUUUGUGUGAAUUAUUAUUUUUAUUGUUUUGGUUUUGUGGUGGGAUAAUGGCUGUGUGUGAUUGACAUUAACUAAGGGGGUACCGAUUACAUCAGUUUCUUUUUAAAAUAUUUUUUGAAAGCAAUAAGCAUUGUGUAUAAGUAAAGCCAUCCAUAUUGUUACAACAGUAGUGAACAUCUGAUUAGUAUCUUAAACUGGAUGGAUGAACCAGUGGUCACCUGACUUGGUGUCAGUACAUCAGUAAUCUCACUACUGUAGCUGCUGUGUAUAGUUUUACAGUGUAUUAUUGAACAUGUCAGCCUCAGCGCCUCAUGUUUUGAAUCAAGAGCUGCAGGAGAAUGAAGGUGUGAGGAACUCGGGCUGUUAUCUGGCCUCUCGGUUUGGUUUUGUGCAGUUCUGUUCACAUUGUUCAUUUGCUGUUUUUGGAAUGUGUUUCAAGCUAUUUUUAUUUUUUUAAUUCAGACCUCAAACACUGCAACUGUUAAGAUUUGCAAUUUAAAUACACCAUAAAGAUGUUAUUCAUUUCUUCAUGUCUAGAAAGCCUAUGAAAAAUGUUAGAGAAACUGUAUUCAUUGUGAUUAUAUAAAAUAUCAUAGAGGUAUUCAUAUUCUAAUAAAUUACAUUCUGGAUA